GCCCUCUGGUCUCAUGGGCUGGUCUGCUGAGACUCAAUGAAGUGGGUGGAUGUGGUUGGGUGUCUUGUUGGGGGGUUUUGCGUUGUAUUAUUUCGAUUUACAUUGAGUUGUUUAUAAGUCAUAACUAUAUGUAAUCGGUGGCCAAAUAUGUGUUUUAUCACAAAUUUUUUAAAACUCGCAUUGACACUCGGAGUCUUGGUGCUGGUCGUCCAGUACUUGCGGUACUGGAUGGAAAGUAAACAGUACGUGUUUAACAAGGAAGAUGUCGCUAAACUGGCCAAACAGUACGCAGGCCAGGACCCAGAUCAGGCAUUCUCCAAAGUGGUGGUGGAGCUGCGCAGGAAGUACCCGGGACACAUCCUGCCUGAUGAGGACCUGCAGUGGGUGUUUGUGAAUGCGGGUGGGUGGAUGGGUUCCAUGUGUCUCCUCCACGCCUCGCUGACGGAGUACGUCCUGCUCUUUGGGACCGCAGUAGACACAAGCGGACACUCGGGUCGCUAUUGGGCAGAAAUAUCAGACACGGUCAUCUCUGGGACAUUUCGGCAGUGGAAAGAAGGCACCACAAAGAGUGAAAUGUACUAUCCUGGUGACACGAUCCUACAUGCAGCAGGAGAUGCCACGUCUGUGCAGUGGAGCGCAGGAACCUGGAUGGUGGAGUACGGUAGAGGCUUUAUCCCCUCCACCAUGGGCUUUGCCCUUGCAGAUACCGUCUUCAGUACACAGGACUUUCUCACCUUCUUCUACACGGUUCGUGUCUAUGUGAAGGCAUUGCUCCUGGAGGCCAACACAUUCCUGACCGAAUCUGGGGUGUUUUGAGACCUCCUUCUCAACCUCGUCUUCACAUAGCAAGUCCAGCAUUCAUCCAUGGUUUGAAACAUGUAUGAUUGACUGAAAUACAAUAAAGGAUUUAGUUUUCA